UUUCCAGUCGGACCCAUUUAACCGCGGUUCCCCCUCUCACAGUUACCCCGGAACUAACUCAGGACAAACUCACGUGUUCACCAUGAAAAACAUGAAAAAACACAACAACUCGUUCAAGAACAAGAAAUUCAAGCCCGGCUCGAAGAAAAGAGAAAAUAAAUGCAUCGUGACGUUCGACGACAAAGAAAGACAGGAUUUCCUCACUGGUUUCCACAAGCGGAAAGUGGAAAGGAGAAAAGCAGCAGUGGCAGAAAUUCGAAAGAAAAUCAAGGAGGAGCAAAGUAGAGUCAGAGAAGAGAGGCACAAGGAAUAUAUGAAGAUGCUGAAGGAGAGGACGGACGCUCUCGAGGAAGCUGACGACGAUCUCGGAGAUGUGAUCACCAGUACGACCGAGUCGAUACAGUACGAUCACCCCAACCACACUGUCACCGUGACGACCAUCAGCGAUCUCGACCUCUCUGGGGCUCACCUGCUCGGACCUGCGGAAGAUCAGGUGAAUGGGGAAAGCAAGGAUGAAGAAAAGAAGGAGGAAGAGGGGGAGCAAAAACCAGCAAUGCCAAGAAAAGCCGGGAAUCCGAUCAUGAACAAAAAAAUCCGCUCUCUGAUGACAUCGCUCAGCACUUUCACCAGCAAGAGGAGGAAAGGGAAGCAGGAAGGCCGAAGAGGACGAGACCGCUCGACAGACAAGAAACGUGGUAUCACGGAGUUGAAAAAGAGAACAGGGAAGAGCAGCAAGUGGCAGAGACGUCGACAGACCGGGAGGAAGGGGCAACAUCUGGACUGAAAGUGUGUGUGUGUGAGUGUGCGUGUGUGUGUGUGCGUGCGUGUGUGUGUUAAAGUACAAUGUAAGAUCUGAACUGUCAGACUUUACACUGAACUGUUUGUAAAAUGAACUCAAGCUGAUGUGGACUCUGUGGCCUCCACCAGGUCGGACUGUCGAUUAUCAGACUCAUUUCCUGUCACCUGGAAGUUUGUACAUUUUCCCAGCUGUUUUCGUCUUUCAUGAAGUAAAGUUUCCUGUAUUUUACUGACAUUUUCAUUAAAUGACUGAUAAAUCUUG